UGUGCUCUGGGGCGGUUGAUCUUGUAGUGAUUACAGUUGAGUAGAGACAGCGAGAGAGUGAGGGAGGGCACCUUGUGUUCAUCAGAGUUUUAUCGUUGUCUAAGUUUAGAUUUUGGCUCACAGAAGGCUUCUCAAGUAACAAGGCUGCAGGCUCACACCAGAGACAGAAACAGAACUUUAAAGGGAAACAAGUAAAGGCACAGAAAAGUGGCAAGUCACAAUAUAAUACGAGGAGAGGAAAGACCCAGAAGCUGUCUUAUAAUGAGACAUUUUGAACAGGAGACACAGAAGUAAAGAGAGGAAAAGCACAAACUGGACUACUCUGUUUGGAAACAGCUCUUCACCACAUUAGUUCUAAUUAUCUUUGCUUUUUCCCUGCUUGGACUGGACAAUGACAGAGGAAGCAGAAGAGGGAGUAGACCUCUCUCCAGCCUCUGGGUGCGAGCAACAGGCUCCACACUUUUUACAAGAUGUCAUCUUCCACGGCAAGUUUAAGCUGCUGAAAGCUCUGACCCCAGAGGAAAGCACCCACUGCCAGCACGGCCUCUACUUCGAAGACGGUCAGCGGCGGGUUGACUAUGUCCUCACCUACCCAUUGAAGAAGCAGGCCGGGGGGCGCUCCUGCCGACAGUCAACGCACCUGCUCACUGAGAACGCUUUUGCCCGCAGCCUACGCCGUGGCCCCCAUCACAUCUCUGAGCAUCUCCGACAUUACACAUUAAAAAGGGCAAAAGACUCAUUGUCCCCACCAUCAUUACCAAGGGAUGACGCAGAGCUGGGAUGUCCAGGAGAGACGUUCGGCGGCCACGAGGAUCAUAAGACAUUCAGGAGGGAGGAGUUUGAGGGGAAACUGAGAGAAAUGGGACUGGAGCUGGAGAAAGAUGAGGAUGCCAGAAUUCAAGGGGUGGGCUUUGUGAAGAUUCAUGCUCCCUGGAACGCUCUCUGUCGAGAGGCUGAGUUAAUGAAGCUGAAGAUGCCCACCAAGAAGGUGUAUGAAAUGAAGCCGUCGAGCGGAGUUGUGGGUAAGAUCAGCUCUCUGGUCAGUAAAGCUCUGGAGCCUCUCCACCCUCAUGUUGAGGAACGUCAACCCAAGAAUAUCAAACGCCUGUCGCACACUUUUUCCAGGGAAAAACAACACCUGUUUGACCUGUCAGACAAAGAUUACUUCUUUGACAGCAAAACCAGGAGUUCAAUAGUCUAUGAAAUACUAAAAAGAACAAAAUGCAAGGCCAAGUACAGCAUGGGUAUCACCAGUCUAUUAGGUAGUGGAGUUUAUACAGCAGCUUACCCUCUUCAUGAUGGAGAUAUUAAUGAGGAGAGUGCAGAGCCCAAUGACAGAAAGCUUUUGUAUGAGGAGUGGGCGAACUACAGUGUCUUCUACAAGUACCAGCCCAUCGGACUUGUGCGAAAGUACUUUGGUGAGAAGAUUGGUCUGUACUUUGCCUGGUUGGGUCUGUACACCCAGAUGCUGAUUCCUGCUUCUCUAGUGGGGGUGAUUGUCUUUCUGUAUGGAUGUGCAACAGUCGAUGACAACAUACCAAGCAUGGAGAUCUGCCACCCAAGGAACAACAUCACCAUGUGUCCUCUGUGCGACAGAGUGUGCAGCUACUGGAAACUAAGUACUGCCUGUGGAACGGCGCGGGCCAGUCACCUGUUUGACAACCCAGCAACUGUUUUCUUUUCUAUAUUCAUGGCUCUGUGGGCUGCCAUGUUCAUGGAGCAUUGGAAGAGGAGACAGAUGAGACUGAACUAUGAGUGGGACCUGACUGGGUUUGAAGAUGAGGAGGAAGCUCUCAAGGACCACCCCAGGGCCGAAUAUGAAUUCAGGGUCAUGCAAAAAUCUCUGAGCAAAGAUCACAAAUCACAGCACAAGAUAGAAAAGCUCUCAUGUCGUGACCGCCUACCUGCCUACAUGACGAACAUUGUCAUGAUGCUGUUAAUGAUUGGUGUUACAUUUGCCAUUGUGUUUGGUGUGAUCCUCUACCGGAUCUCCACCAAAGCUGCUCUUCAUAUGAGCUCCAAUCCAGUCACACGGAAUCAUGUACAACUAACAGUCAAAACUACUGCAGCCAUCAUCAACUUGGUGGUCAUCCUCAUACUGGACGAGGUGUAUGGAGCUGUGGCACGAUGGCUCACUGUACUAGAGGUUCCCAAAACAGACAAGAGUUUUGAGGAACGACUCAUCUUCAAGACUUUCAUUCUGAAGUUUGUCAAUGCUUUCAGCCCCAUCAUCUACAUUGCUUUCUUCAGGGGAAGACUUGUAGGCAGACCAGGCAACUACCUGUACGUGUUUGAAUCCUACAGAAUGGAAGAGUGUGCCCAUGGAGGCUGUCUGAUGGAGCUGUGUAUCCAGCUGAGUAUCACCAUGUUGGGAAAGCAGCUAAUUCAGAACAACCUUUUUGAGAUUGGAAUUCCCAAGCUGAAGAAGCUGAUUCGUUAUGUUCAGUCAAAGCAAGGUGCCUUUCAAGAAGAAGAGAGGCAAAAGAAGCUGCGGAGAUAUGAAACUGACCACUUUCUGGAACCAUUUGCUGGGUUAACGCCUGAAUACAUGGAAAUGAUCAUCCAGUUUGGUUUUGUUACAUUGUUUGUGGCAUCCUUUCCCCUGGCUCCUCUCUUUGCUCUGCUCAACAACAUCAUCGAAAUACGACUUGAUGCCAAGAAAUUUGUGACUGAGUUACGGAGACCAGUGGCAGCAAGAGCCAAAGACAUUGGUAUAUGGUACAACAUACUAAGAGGUGUAGCAAAAGUGGCCGUCAUCAUUAAUGCAUUUGUCAUCUCCUUUACUUCAGACUUCAUCCCUCGAAUGGUCUACCAGUACAUGUACAGCCCUGAUGGCUCCAUGCAUGGAUUUGUCAACCAUACGCUGUCCUAUUUCAAUGUCAGCCACUUCCAGGAAGGCAAAGAAACCAUGGAUCCAUUGCAACUUGGCUACCCCAUUGAGAUCUGCAGGUAUAAGGACUACAGAGAGCCUCCUUGGUCAGCCAAUCCAUAUGAGAUCUCCAAGGAAUUCUGGGCAGUGCUUGCUGUCCGACUGGCCUUUGUCAUUGUGUUCCAGAAUGUUGUGAUGCUGAUGAGCGACAUCGUUGACUGGCUAAUUCCUGACAUCCCUAAAGACAUCAGCCUCCAGAUCCACAAGGAGAAGAUUCUAUUGGUAGACCUCUUUAUGAAGGAAGAGCAGGGCAAGGUCCAAAUCCUUGAGAGCCGGUUGUCCACAGGGGACAAGGAGAACUGCAGCCGGAGCAGCAGCAACAACAACAACAGCACAAUGGCUCACCCACGCUCAGGACUUCACACCAACAGCACUAAAAGCCUCUAAUGCUCGUAAUAAUUCAAUUCGUUCAGUCUUAGUUAGCAGGCCAAAUGUUGCCAGCACCCUGCUUGCUCAGGCCAACCCAAACUGAUUUCAUGUUCUUAUUCAGAUCAUUCCAACACCUGGUAGCGCAGCUGGCUGAGGUAAGAGGAGAGUAAAGGUGAAUGUGUGGGGCCAAUUAUGUCACAAUAUGUAUGGAGAGUUUUAAAACUAUCUCAAUCCAUACAUGCGUACUGAGACACGUUGUGAAUGUGUACACAAAUCUGUAAAUGUGCAAGGAUUUAAGAAUAUGUACAAGAAUAAUACACGCUCAAAUUUACCAUGUGUACAAAAAUCCCACAUUAGCAUACGAUAUGCAGUAUGUAUAAGAAUAAAACCGUAUACUUAACAAACUCAACUUUAUUUUUGUUGCUGAAUCUGGAAUUUUUGUUUUCUAUUUCAAUUAUAUCUAUCUAAACUUUGGUGCAGUCCUUUAUUAAACAAGAACAAUUACAAAUUGGACCCCUGAGAAAGGGCUGUGAAAUAUAAUAUUAUAAUAUAUUAUUCUGAGCAAAUGUCAUUAACACUUCAUGUUAUGCUAAUCAUGCCAACUACUUGCCCUCAACAGGUCAAUAAACUGAAUGAUUGUAAAUAUCAAAGUUUUUCCUGUUAAUUUAUGGUUGUCUUAAAACAUAGAGUGACACAUAAUAACUUGAGUGUUGUGCACAGAUCUGCAGAUUUCACAAUCGUGGUAGUUGUCAAGUAACACAUUUAACAUUUAUUUGAAAGUACCCCAGAUUUGCCACAAUAACUGCCUCAAAAUUGACCAUAUGAUUUAAUAGUAACAUUUUGCUAUUUCAUGUUUUUUCUAAGUACAUAAUAGCUGGUAAUUUCUUUCAGACAUUUCUAUGAAACUUUCACUUGGGUCUGGCCUAACCUCUGCAGGUAAAUGAACCAUUUAAACAUUGCCUUUUCCAUCUACACCAUUGUUUUAAGUGUAAUAAUUAAUGUUACCUAACCCACAUAUUCACCUGAUAUGCUCUGACCUCUCAUUUUGACGUGUGACUUUUUUCAGUUUGCGCUCAUAAAACAAAUCCUGGGCACGCUACAGUAGUCUGUAGUCAUCCAUUUAUAUCAGAAAGGUGUUUGAAUGGGUACUUUCUCAGCAUUGAGAAGCAGGCAUCCCUUAAGAAUUCCAUAUCAAUCUGCAACAUUAUUCUUAAUCACUAUUGUUCUUAACUUCUUGUUGUUAAACCACCAAUCCAACUCUCUGCAUUCUAUAACAGUAUAAUACUAUAGAGCCAUCUAUGACACAGGGCAGUGCAUGAGGCGCAUCAUAAUUUAAAGUGUUAUUUCACUGGUAAAAUAAUAGGCUUACAUUGUACAAAUUACAAGUAAUUUAGAUAACCACCAGCUAUCAGACAAUUUACAACUUCAGCUCAAAGAGACCUUUAUUGGUCAACUCUAUCAUCACGACAGCCUUAAAUCAUCUGACCUGCCAGAUGGUUUGCUAUACAGAAUUAUCUCAGAGACUGUCCUUGAAAACAGUUGGGAGAGGUCAGGAAAAGAAUUUGGUAGGUGAUUGGAUGAAACCUGUGUCUAUCACAUGUAACUUCAGCCAAUCAGAUCCACAGUAGGAAAAUGCUACCAGAGCCAGUUGGCACAUUAAUCUUGUACCGGUUGUUAUAGGCUGAUAUGUACUGUUAAAUGUUUGUGCCAUGGUCUCCAUGGAGUCCGAUCAGAACAGACUGAGCUAAAGACAGCAGAACUGUUCAGAGGAACAUGAAGUGUUGUGAAUGUGACAACACAACAAGUUCACACAAUAUAAAUGUACUGAGGUACCACAACAACCACAGGACAAAGACUGAGACAGCUGAGACUGAGGCACAGAAUUGUUCCUAAAUUCUCAUGAACAUAAUGAUGAUUUUACAAUGUCAAUAAUAAGUAACAAACAGAUGACAAUAAAGUAAAGAAACAUUCAUCUGAUUGGCGAUCAGUAAGGGUCAAUAUGGCUUCCAGUGAUCAAUGAUCGGCAAUAAAAAUCUUGAACAGAGCGCUCUUAAAAUUAUCAGACUAUGAGACUGGUCUUGCACAAUCACUUGUCUAUUGAAAAUAAUCAAAAGAGAACAUGACCCUGUAGAAAACCUGGCAAGAAGUUAAUAGUGGGUGGAUUCUCAUUUCUGUGUGGAGUGUCAUGUGUCAGAUUUCCUUUUUAUGUAAAUCUUUUCUCACAAAGUGAGCAGCUGAAUGGUUUCUCUCCUGUAUGGAUCCUCAUGUGUUUUACCAGUGACUGACUCAGACUAAACCUUGUUUCACACACUGAGCAGCAGUAAGGCUUCUCUCCUGUGUGAACUCUCAUGUGCCUGGCCAGAAUUCCCCUCCGGAUGAAGGUUUUUGAGCAGACAGAGCAGCUGACUGGCUUCUCUCCUGUGUGGGUUCUCAUGUGUGUGCUCAAACCUGUGCUCUAUGUGAAUCUUGUAGCACAAAUGGAACAGUUAAAGGGUUUCUCCCAUGUGUGCAUUCUGACAUGCUUCACAACAUCUCCUUUGUUAAUAAAUUGUAUCUUACAGACUGAACAUCUGAAGGUCCUUUUCCCUGAAUGAACAGAAAGCAAAAAAAAAAAAAAUCUCCUGAAGGACUUUGUGUCAAAUGUUUUAUGUUCAGGGCAGUUCAGGGGCUUCUUGGCAGUGUUACAGUCUUCUCCACCUUCAGGAACACUGUUGUUAGCCAGAGUUUUUAAAUGUGACCAAGGCUUCCUGGUGUGCUUCCUGUCAGAACUGUUUUCAGUCUCCGACUCAGAAGAGUCUGAAGUUUUGUCAUCACUACCUGGUCAUAUGAAAGGCAUGUUUCUCAGGGUCUGCUUUGAUUUCACAAUUCUGUACUUCCAAUCAUAAUCGAUGUUUUCAGCUUGCUGGGAACAGUCUGAAAUGUCAUCAUCACUGACUGGUUGAUGACUAUCUGGAUCUGAAGCCCUGGUUAGUUGUGACCCUCCACAGUCCUCUCUAUCACUUCCUGGUUCCAUCUGUUGAGUUGAGCUGCUGGUUAGAGGUUCUGCCUCUCUGUUCUUUUUAGUCUGUCUCUGAUGAGGCUGUGAGGACUGAGUGUACUCUUUACCAUCUUCACUCUUCACAGGGUCAGGUCCAUGAAGCUGCCCUC